AUGGGAGACAUGAGCGAGCACGAGGAGUGGAUGGAAGAGUGCUCUGGACGGCGAGUUGGGCGAUCACCGGCUGCCGGUGCUGCUGGACCAUCGAUACAGAUGUGGAAUCGCAUCAUUUCUCAUUCAAAUAUAUCAGUGCAGAAAAUGGCUGUUUUGCAGAAACGAAAGAACCCGUUUUCCUCUUUAUCAGCUCUUAGUAAUGAAAGAUGCAUGAAAAUGGCGAAAAUGAUAGCAACCAUCCAAUUUAUGUCUAUUCAUUCAUAUGUUACCGUAGCUCUUGCCGAAUUAGCUGUAAGUCAUCAAUAA